GUCUGAUCUUUAUUCCUUGAGUAGGAUUCGAACCCCAUACUUGUAUUUCUUUCACCAACUGAUCUUGUUCCCUAAACCCCGGCUUAUUAAAAAGGAAGGUGGUGCCCAUUACAGUACAAUUGAAUUUAAACCUGGUAUUUAGCUUAAGUUAUAUGAAUUCCGUAAAAUUUGACCAAAGAAAUGUGAACAAGGUGACUGAAAAACGUUUGAUAUUUCUAUGCAGUUUUAUGGAUUUUUACCAUUUUGAAACAAUUUUAAUAAAAAUCUAUAAACUGUGAGUGUGAUGUCAUUUCGCAUUUGUUUCAACAAGUGUUUUGAUACCUGGUCUAAUUAAAGUACCACUAAAAGAUAAUUGUUUUCAGACUUAAAAGUUUAGUAGCUUUACAAUCUGACUAACAUGACUUAAGUACAUCUCCUAUUAGGCUACACUUAGGAUCUGAAGACGUGCUAUUGAUAGCCUCGUUCUGAUAACCCUUCCGCUAGCCAAUCAGAAGGGUUACUUACAACAUUUUUGAAAGAUACAGCUCAUCCAGUUUGCCGUUCAUCUUCAAAGUUACUAAUGGCUUGUCAAAGUUACAAGUGGCUGCUAACUAGGUUGUUACAUGGUCGUCAUGCAAACAUUACUAAAAGAUUGGCUUGGAGGACAUUUACUUCCAGACAUUCGGGUUGCCAUGGUGAUUUAAGUCGAAACUUUCUUACCAGAACUUCCGUUCACAGGAAGUGUUCAGUUUGUUGGAAUUAUCACAAUAGUGCAUCAGGAGACUCAGUUAAUGCAGAUAAUGUUUUUGUAGAGACCAAUAGUGACAGUGAAAUCCCUCGUGUGGACACUUCUAAGAAAACUUUAGGAACGAAAAGUCGUAGACCAGACAAGAAGUCUGUACAAAAUACAGAUCUACAUAUACCAGUCCUAAAAGAGGAAGUUCUUUCUUAUCUUGGUGGAAAAGUUAGUCAGAGAUUGGUAGAUAUGACAUUUGGAGCAGGUGGUCAUACAAAGGCACUUCUAGACAGUGCACCAGACUGUCACGUGUUUGCCCUAGACAGAGACCCUCUAGCAUACAAAAUUGCUUGUGAACUCGCUGAACAAAGACCAGGACAGAUUACUCCUUUAUUGGGUCGUUUCUCAGAGUUACCUACCUUGCUUGCAGCAAGAGAUGUACCAGCCGGCUCCAUAGAUGGCAUGUUGUUUGAUCUUGGCUCCUCCUCAAUGCAGUUUGACCAAUCAGAGAGAGGCUUCAGUCUCAGUAUGGAUGGUCCGUUAGACAUGAGGAUGGAUUCAAACAGGUUGCGAGAGCAACCAACAGCAGCAGAUGUAGUGAACUCUCUGGAUGAGGUUGAUCUUGCAAAGAUAUUUAAGAAGUAUGGUGAGGAGAGAAGAGCAAAGCGGAUAGCGCAUGCUAUAGCGGAGGCUAGGUCAGCAUUUGGUAGAAUCACGAGGACACGAGAACUGGCUAAAAUUGUGGAGAGUGUUUGUGUGGGAGUAUAUGGACAUGACAGUCUCGGAAGAUAUAGUCAUCCUGCCACAAAGAUAUUCCAAGCUCUUCGUAUUUUUGUAAACAAUGAAAUGAACGAACUUAACAGUGGUUUAGAAGUAGCUCACAAGUUUCUGAAACCCAGAGGAAUAUGUGUAGCAAUAUCGUUCCACUCUCUCGAGGACAGAAUCGUAAAACGACAUUUCAACACGAUUGAUAUGGACGAGAAGGGAAAUUUGUCGUUAGUUCAAAAACAUAGAAUGAUGAGUAGAAUGGCAGACACAAAGGAUCAGUUAGAUUCGAUGGUCGUCAGGAAAUGGCAACGAUUGAAUAAAAAAGUGACGAUGUCGUCAGAAGAAGAGGUAGAAGUGAAUCCACGCAGCCGAUCAGCAAAAUUAAGGGCAGCAGAGAAACUCCAGGUCUAACAAGAUAUCGUGAGUUAAAGGGAAAACUGUUGUAACUCAAAUUAAAUAAGGAUGGAGUGAUGAUAGUUUUCCGUUCAGCCAAAGAUGUCAUAUUGUUAUUAUUUACAUGGUGCAAUGGCUUUCUAUUGUUUUAACGGUGACAUAUACAAACCUUUAUUUUUCAAAAUCUGUGCUGCACUGUAUAAUAGGGCUAUUAUGAAAAUACCUUGAUCUAUGAUGUGACAUUUGGCUCAGGUGGAUUUUGCCAGACCAAGAUUUCCUGAGGUGUACAAGCCCAAAGUGUAAUUGUCUGGUAAACUCUGCAAGAGAUUAAUUCAGCACAAUGUUGGGCGGUUAAAACCGCCCCC